AUGGACCAUACUAAACAAGCUGUUGUUUGCGUAUUCUGCGGCGCAACAUCAGGCACAGAGCCCGAACACCUAGAAGCCGCGCGCGCCCUCGCGCACGAGUUCCACAAGAAAAAUGUCCGCCUCGUCUACGGCGGGGGCACAACAGGACUAAUGGGCGAGAUCGCACGGACGCUCGUCUCACUCUCCGGGCCCGAGUCCGUCCACGGGGUGAUUCCACGCGCCCUGGUGCAGGUUUCAGCGAAGCACGAGGGGCCCGAAGUGAACGGCGGCGCAAAAGCCGCUGAACGCGUAGUGUCGACCGAUAUCAAUGAAAGCAAAGGCAUUCCCGAGUCCGAGUACGGCAUCACCACGGUCGUACCGGAUAUGCAUACGCGCAAGCGUCUGAUGGCUACGAAGGUGAUGGAGGGAGGGCCCGGGUCGGGCUUUGUCUCGCUGGCUGGAGGGUUUGGGACGAUUGAGGAGGUGAUGGAGAUGACGACGUGGAAUCAACUGGGGAUCCAUCAUGUUGGUAUUGUUUUGCUGAAUGUGAAUGGCUACUGGGAUGGGCUACUGGCGUGGCUGCGCCAUGCGGUGGGCAAGGGGUUUAUCAGUGCCGAGAAUGGCAGGAUACUGGCGGAGGCGCGGGACGCCGCUGAUGUUUUACCAAUGUUGGCGCGGUAUCAGGGGAGCUGUGAUCGAAUGCUGUUGAACUGGGGGGGAGAGUAA